AUGGCCCGGCUAAGAUGCCUAUCCUCUUCAUUUGACAAGGAAAUCCAAUCCAAGAACAUGCUCACAGCCUCCUCUCUAAACCUCAAAAAGAUCCAGCUCAUCCUCAAUCUAGAACACGUUGUGAAUGACAAUGAACUUGAGACUGUGCCUCCAGUUCCUAUGCCCCCACAGUCUGCAGAAACUUUGUCCAAAGUUGACCGUGAAACUUCUCCGCGUAAACUCGAAACACCUCGUACCCUUACCCUUACCCUCCUUUUUCUUGCUCGCGAUGUCGUUCUAUCUCGUCUCCCUGAUGCUGUCCAGUUAUUCAGCAUCAAGAUCGAGACAGCGUGGGGAUACGGCCCUGUGAGUUGGGAUGGGAGAAAGUACACGUUGACUGGAAGACCGGACUAUGGGAUCUGGUACGGUGAUAGGAAGAAUUUAGCGUUGAAUACUGUUGUGGUUGAAGCUAAACCUGGGGAAGUGCAACUCAGCUUAGCCGAAACCCUAGCUUGUAUGGGCUGCGUGCAUAGACGUCGACAGAAAUUGAAGAGAAAGGACUGUACGAUCUACGGUUUAGUAGCCGAUGAUCAAGUUUUCUGGUUCUUGAAAAUUUCUCAGGACUCCAAGUGGAGCGAGCGUGUUGUGACCGCUCGUCAUAGGGACUAUGAAAAGGUCCUGGGCAUGCUGGUCUAUUUCUUCGAAAAAGCCGCGGCGAUGUCUCCUCACUCGAAAGAGUAUGGACAGGCUCAUAUUCAAGAGGGAUUUGAGAUCACGGAGAUCCAGGACUCCUGGGAUAUGUGCUCUAUCGACUAA